GUCGACUCGACGCAUUGUCCAGAUCACUGGCGUGUUUGCUGCAAUAGAUCACAAUGAGCACAACACACGCUAUCAUCACCAUUGACAUCGUCCUUGACCGCCACAACUGCAGAGAGGUUCUGCGCGCUCUCCUCCAUGGGAUCCUCUUCCAUCGCCUCUUCGGAACCGUCAAGCCUCAAACAUUCGAGGUACUAGACGUUACCAUCCCCGGCGUCGCAGACCCGGAAAUCGAGCGCUUGGUGACGGAGAAAGUUGAUACACUUUGGAGGGCUAUGGAGAAUGGCUCCCACAGGCGCGGACAACUGAGUGUCACCUUUUCGAAGAAAGACCAGAAAAAAUCGUGGAUAGGCAUCACUUAUGAGGAAGAAGUGCCUUGGGAACAAUGGCUUAUAAACACGGAAAUACGCCAACCGACGUCUGAACAAGAACGCAUCACGUUCAACGAAAACCUUGCCUCGACGCUUACGAAGAGCCUGCACACAAUGAUUACCCGCACGUCUUCCGAACAGGGCCGCACCGCCGUGCCGCCCAUCACAAACCCAAGCAUAUCGCCGUUUCCGAUGAAGAUUGGGGUGAAAGCAGGAGGCGUGGAGGUUGGAUGAUGGCGCGAGCUUGACACAGGGUCUAUUCUUUGUAUGUGAUCUCGGAGUGUAAUGAUGCGCGAUUAUUUUCUG